UGGUGAACGUGGCGUGGUGACUUCAUUCAUCCGAUCUCACACACUUGUAAAUCGUCAGAAAGCUGUUAGUUUUGUGUGUUCGUUCUCCAGUGUCAAGUUAGUAUUCAUCAACAAUCCGCGGUGGUCAACAGGUUAGAUACUCUCGCAAUUUACGUUGGUUUAGUACCACUCAAAGCUAUUGUUUAUUCAACUAAUUGAAGACUCGAAUUCCAGAAGCAAAGCUACAACAACACCAAUCGAUACAUCCAAGUCAAGCAAAAAUUACCUAGUCACACCCAUCUUAUCUCAAGCAGGUACUAUUUGAAUACGGGUUCUGCCGGUAGAAGUGCCAUUUCAGUAUCACCGACAACGUCGUCCAGCAAAAAUGGAAGCCGAACCUUCCUCCUCUCCCCAACAAGACUUGGUCCUUCCCCAGUACAUCCACGACGCCGUUGGCCGGAUUGCCGUCGAAAACGGUUUCACGGCGGGUCAGUUCCGGGUCGACUUCCAGGUGGGAUCCGACAAGGGCGACGGAUUCUCCGCGGACAUGUUCCGAGUUCGCGUUACGGAGCAGUCCCGCGAGUGGGCCCUGCUGUGCAAGGUGCCACCGAUCAGCGAGGCCCGCCGACGGCAGUUCGAUUCGAUGGCGAUCUUCGAGCGGGAGGUGGAUGUUUACUCAAAGCUGUUGCCGGCGAUUUACGCGUUUCAGCGGGAGAAGGGCGUGCGGGAGGAGGAUGGGUUCUUCAGCGCUCCCAACUGUUAUCUGUCUUACUAUGAGAAAACGAGGGAAGAAUCGGUCAUCUUGAUGGACGACUUGCGUCUCCAGGGUUACCGGAUGUGGAACAAGACGGUUCCGGUGGACUACGAGCACGUCAGGCUGUUGAUGGUUCAGCUGGGACGGCUGCACGCCGUUUCGUUCGUCAUGAAGGAGCAACGUCCGGAGCAGUUUGAGCAGUUCAAGGUACCCGAUCCGAUCUGCACCAUGAUGAGAUCGAACGAAAUGUUCACGGUGAUGCUGCACAUGUCACUGGAUCGAGCGAUUGGAGUCCUGGCCCCCGAAGAAGACAAGCUACGCCAGACUCUGCUGCAGAGCAAAGACACCAUGUUCGACGACUUGCAAGGUCUGGUAGACCCAAAGAACUGCGAACCGUACGCAGUUCUCAACCACGGAGACUGCUGGAUCAACAACACGAUCUUCAAAUACGAGAACUCAACCCCAUCGAAGAUCGCCGUCCUCGACUGGCAAGUCUCCCGUUACGUUUCCCCAGCCCUGGACCUGCUCUACUUCAUCUUCUGCUGCACCGACGGCGACUUCCGCCACAAGCACUACGAAGAAAUCCUCCAACUCUACCACACCUCCCUGUCGGAACACCUUGAAAAGCUCGGCGGUGAUGCCAGCCGGCAGUUUCCGUACGAGGAACUUUUAAACCAACUCAAGCGGCACGGCAAGUUCGGCCUAAUGAUGGCGGUCUUUAUGGUGCCGAUGUUGUGCGUUGAAAACGCGGACUUGCCCGACAUGAACGAGCAUGCGGAAAAGAUGGUGGAGAGCAAGGAGGUGGAUGUGUCGUUUAUGGUGGGCAAGUCGGAUGGCAGGUACCGGAAGCGAAUGGGGGAAGCUUUGAGGGAUUUGGCGGCGUAUGGGUAUGUGUAGAAUUGUCUUGUUCGUUCUGAAUCAAAUACAAAAAUGAUUUCAAUAUUAAUUAAAUUAAGAUGUGAAAAAAGUUAAAUCAGUGAAAAUGUACAAUCUCCAUUGUGUAAUAGUUCAAAGUAAGAAACUAUCAAAAUAAAACUAUCAAAACCUA